AUGCAACCGUACUUGGUGUAUACCAAUCUCACACAAAUUCUACAGGGCACGGGAAUCGCACGCAUCCUCUCAAGUCCCGCCCAUGGCAACCUCGCUGUCGCCCUGCUCGCUCGCCGUCCCGACUCCCUUGAAUCUGUAAUCUCCAAAGUCCGCGAAACAUCGCCUAAUGCCGUCCUCGAAGCGUUCCCAACUGAUACGUCGGAGUCAUCGCUAGAGAAGGCAUUUCAGGAUAUUAAGGCGCAUCAGAACUUCAAGGGCUUGAAGCUGAACCUGGCGAUUUAUAGUAUCAAGCAUUCAUCGAAGAAGCCGUUCUUGGAGGAGACAAGGGGAGAGUUUGAGGAGAGUCUGGAGACCUAUGUUGGGGGAGCAUUCACAUUUGCACAAGAGAGCCUGAAGCGGUUUUUUGAGGACCAUGGCGAGAAGGGAUUGGCUGACGGUGGCGGGAAAAAGGGUACUCUCAUCUUCACCGGCACGCUUGGAGCUCUACGGUGUAGCGCGCAAUUCGCAGCCUAUGGCGCUAGCCGCGCUUCAGUAAGACAACUGGCGCAAACUUUGGCUCGAGAGAUGAGCGAACGAGGUGUACAUGUCGUACACACUAUUGGCAACGGCGCCAUUGUCGACGAGGAUGGCGAAGACCAAAAGAUCGGGAAGAAGAUGAGCGCCGACGCUGUGGGGGAGACAUAUUUAUGGCUGCACAAUCAAAAGCCAUGCUUGUGGACGCAUGAGCUCGAUAUGAGACCAGCCUGCGAGAAGUUUUGA